AUGGCCGGAGAAGGUAUUGGACCAGCUAUCGGUAUCGACCUAGGAACAACCUAUUCAUGUGUGGGUGUCUGGCAACAUAACCAAGUUGAAAUCAUACCUAAUGAUCAGGGCAAUAGGACUAUGCCAUCUUGUGUUUCAUUCACUGAUGGUGGAAUUUUAACUGGUGAAGCCGCAAAGAACCAAGUUGCUGUGAACCCCACGUAUACCGUAUUUGAUGCAAAAAGAUUGAUUGGAAGGAGAUUCAAUGAUGCAAAUGUUCAACAAGACAUGAAGUUGUGGCCUUUCAGAGUCAUAAAAGGGGCUAAUGAUAUUCCAAAAAUCUUAGUUUCCUACAAAGGUGAAGAGAAGGAAUUUGCCGCAGAAGAAAUCUCAUCCAUGGUUCUUAGGAAACUGAAAGAGACUGCAGAGCAAUACCUUGGUAAGAUUGUGAAAGAUGCAGUGAUCACCGUGCCAGCUUAUUUUGAUGAUUCUCAACGCCAAGCUACAAAAGAUGCUGGGCAUGUUGCCGGACUCAAUGUUCUUCAAAUAAUUAAUGAGCCUACUUCGGCAGCAAUUGCUUAUGGGCUUGACAUGAAAAGUGAUCUAAACCGUGAAACAAAUGUGCUAAUAUUUGAUUUAGGCGGUGGUACAUUUGAUGUCUCAAUUGUCGCCAUUGAUCAAAAAGGUAAGUUACAAGUGAAGGCUGUAGGUGGUGACACCCACUUAGGCGGUCAAGACUUUGAUAACGUAAUGUUGGAUCACUUUGUCACACAAUUCAACAAAAAGCACAAGACGGAUGCAAGUGGGAACCUAAAAGCACUAGGACGGCUGAGGGUAGCUUGUGAAAAGGCAAAACGAGUUCUCUCUUCAUCUACUGAAACUACUAUAGAAAUUGAUGGUUUGCAUCAAGGUAUUGAUUUCAACAUGAGAAUUAGUCGUGCAAAGUUUGAAAAUCUUAAUUCGGACUUCUUUACUAAGUGCAUAGCGACAGUGGAGAGUUGUUUAAAUGAUGCAAAACUGUCCAAGAAGUAUAUCGACGAGGUGGUACUCGUUGGUGGGUCAACUAGGAUACCUAAAGUACAACAAUUGUUGCAAGAAUUCUUCGAUGGAAAAGAGCUUUCUAAAAGGAUUCAUGCCGAUGAGGCAGUUGCAUAUGGUGCCUCGGUUCUUGCUGCAAAGUUAAGUGGCGAAAAAAGUCAGAAAGUUAAGGAUCUGGUGUUAUUGGAUAUAGUUCCUUUGUCACUAGGUGUAAAUGUUCGUGGUGGCUUGUUAUCAGUUGUAAUUCCAAGAAAUACCCCAAUACCAGCAAAGAAGAAUAAAAACUUCAUUUCAAUUGAGGAUAACCAAAAAACUAUGGAUUUCAAUGUUUACCAAGGUGAAAGAGCUAUUGCUAAAGAUAAUAAUUGGUUGGGAUAUUUUGAGGUUCCAGUCCCACCUGCACCAAAAGGUAAAGCAAAAGUGAACGUGGUAUUUGAAAUCGAUGGUAAUGGUAUUUUGAAGUGCACUGGUGAGGAUAUCAGUACAGGUUUGAAAAAGAAGAUUAGGAUUAACAGCGACAAGCAGAGGCUUUCAAAGGAAGAGAUCGACAAGAUGUUGAAAGAUGCGAAAAAGUACAAACUUGAGGAUGAAGAAUACAAGAAGGCAGCGUUUGCACGUAAUGCAUUGGAGGAAUACAUUGACAACAUCAAAAUCAAAAUCAAGACAAUCGGAAAAACUAACAAGGCAAAGCUUCACAAAGAAGAUAUGAAAAAAAUGGAAAACGCGAUAGCUGAUGCAAGCGAUUCGCUUGAUGGAAAUGAGCUUGAAGAUGUCGGCACGUAUGAGAAGACAUUAAAUCAAUUAGAAAAACUAUGUUUUCCCAUCAUUGCAAAGCUUGUGUAAUCAAGCAUUUGUUUGUCCCAGUUUGCAGAGGAUGAUGCUACUGUUCAACAAAAAAGACUAUGUAUUCUAUGCUAGUAUUUGUUUUUGAUUGGUUUUUGUAAUUGUAACUUAAUCGUUGUUUUUUAAGUUCUAUUUGAAUUUGAGUAUUGUAAUUUAUAUUUGAA